AUGCUAGGAGACUAUAUAACGGUAUACCUUAACAACGUCUUAGUGUACUUAAGCGAGAGCCGAAAAGACUAUAUAAGGAAGGUAUAUAAGAAAUAUAUAUUUACGGUAAAGGAAGUCAAGUACCUAGGGUAUAUUGUAGAGGCUAAGGUCUAUAUCCACCUUAACCCUAAGAAGAUUAAGGCUAUCCACGAGUAG